UCAACUCAGCUGUCAAGUAUUGACGUUUGACUUCUGCUUUCGUUUUUAUGUUCUUUGACGGGUCGCUGGCAAUUGUGGAAAGUGUUUUGGCCUUGGAAUAAGAUUUGUACAAGCUUAUAGCAUCACAGAUUUAACCGCCUCCCUACCAAGUAGGCUAGAGGAUGGCAACUAUAUCUCCACCUCAUCCUCCAAAUGAUCCAGAUUUGGAAGUUAAAGUUAAAAAAGCUUUGGAAAGAGUGAGCGAGAAUAUCCACAUAUCUGCCAAUGAACCAUCUCUAGCUGUAUAUCGUCUCCAGGAGCACGUCAGACGAGCAUUACCACCAACAGUCACUCGUCGACAGCAUGUCACUUCACUUCAUUCUCAACUGCAGGGCGCUUGUUAUGAUGUGGAGUAUGCCCUAGGAGCUGUGAGGGGAAUGCAAGAUUCAAAUGAAAAAUUCUUAUCACUUGUUGAAUUGUUGAAGAACUCGAUAUUUCUUCGUCAGCAAGCUCAAAUUCGAACAGACUCGAAGAUUGAAGAAGUCUUCCUUUCACCACAACACAGACUUCCUAUAACGUCCAAAUUAUCUUAUGAGCAGCUUCGUCCAGUACUGAUUUCUGAUUCAGUUUGCCUCAUGAUGUUAAAGCCCUUUGAAGCUUUUAGGGUUAAAGCAUUUCUUUGUAACAUGCACUGUGCUUGUAUAAAUAAGGAUUUUUCUUUGGUAUUUUCUCAUUCAGGAGAAUCAAAAUGA